AUGACAAACAAGAUUACCACGCUGGUGGGCAUUACUGGAAAGCAGGGCGCUUCUAUUGCCGACGUGUUCCUCCAAGAGGGAGGCUGGCACGUCCGUGGCGUUACCGCGAUCCAACCAAGUGUCGAACUUGUCAAAGCGAACUUGAACGACGCUGCCUCCUUGAAAGCCGCAUUUGCAGGAUCAACUGUGGCAUUUGGAGUUGCUGACUUCUGGGGAAUCGUCGCCGAUCCAGAGUCCCAAAAGCGAGCUCAAGAGUCUGGCCGCCCCGUCAAUGUGCUAGCCUACGACCUCGAAUCUGCGACUCUGGAGACCAUUAACAGAUUCGUGCUCUUAACGCUCUCUCCCACUACGAAAUUAAGCAAGGGAAAGUAUACGUAUAGCUUUCACUUUAAUACUAAAUGGGAAGCGGUCGAGUACCUAAAGGGUAAGUACUCGGCCCUGGAGAAGAAAAGGUUCUAUUUGCAGGUGGCCUUGUAUCUUGAGAACUGGAAGUUUUCUCCGCUAGGAGGCAGUCUCCCUGGAAACCCUGACGCCCCAGUAUCGCAAGUUAUUGCGCGCCACGACACUGGCUCGUUCGUCAAGGCGCUCACCCAGGUUGAACCCGGGAAACGCCUUCCUGGUGCUUCGGGCUUUUUGAGCUGGAACGAGUACGCCGCUUUGUGGGGCAAGGUCCACUGUGUACAAUGUAGCUUCCCACCACUGGAUCGCAAGGUCAUCGAAAAUGCGAUUCCCAGCGGCGUUGUGGAGGAGCUCGCCGAUAUGUACGAAUACAUUGGAGACUUUGCAAAUCACGGUGACCCCAGCCUUAGGAUAGGGGCCCCCUUCUGGACUAUUGAGGAGUUUAUUCGACAGGAGGGUUGGUCAUCAAUACUUUAA